CGAGUUGUGUUCGUUUAGUGGGUAUAAAAUUUAUCCCGGCCAUGGGAAGAAGAUGAUAAAAACUGAUGGAAAGACUUUCCAGUUUUUAAAUGCAAAAUGUGAAGCUUCACAUUUAAUGAAACGUAACCCACGUAAGAUAACAUGGACGGUAUUGUAUCGAAGAAAGCAUAAAAAGGGAAUAGAGGAAGAAGCUGCUAAGAAGAGAACCAGAAGAACAACAAAGUUUCAACGUGCUAUUGUUGGAGCUAGUUUAAAUGAUAUUAUUGCUAAGCGUAACAUGAAACCAGAAGUGAGAAAGGCUCAGAGAGAACAAGCAAUAAGGGCUGCAAAAGAAAAACAGAGAGCUUUGAAAUCUCAGAAGAAAGUUGUUCAGGCUCCUGCAAAGCAGCAGAAGUUGGCUCCUAAACAAAAGGCAGCAAAGCCUAUUCCUGUGAAAGCUCCCCGUGUUGGUGGGAAACGUUAAUUAUUGUUAAAAUUAUAAAGCACAAGAAUUAAUAAAUUUUGUGUAUAGAUGA